GAAUGUGUGAUGUCAGGUAUUCUCAGGGACUUUGAGAGUAUCGCGAGACGAGAGACAAACAAGGAAGUAGCCUGGGAAAAACGUGUGCACUGUGAAUUAUCGGAGGUGGAAUAAAAACGACAUCUUGAGAGCACCAAAGACUAUUUAUUUUACAUAUAAACCCUUCACAUGGUGUCAGAAUGGCGAAAUUCCAGCCCCCGGAAAGUUUUUGCUUUGAGAAACCCUCAGAAUGGCCUGAAUGGAAGAAACGUUUCACGAGGUACAGAAUAGCAACUAAACUGGACAAAGAGGAGGGCCCAGUUCAAGUUAGCACGCUGGUGUAUGCGCUCGGUAAGGAGGCAGAAAGCAUUCUCAGCUCAUUUACCUUUGAAGAUGAAGCAGCUGAGUCGGACUAUGAUACUGUGUUAGCAAAAUUUGAUGCAUACUUCAUCCCGAGGCGCAAUGUGAUCCACGAACGGGCGUGUUUCAAUCAGAGGGUGCAACGGCCAGGGGAGCGUGCAGAGACAUUUAUUCGCGCACUUUAUGAGUUGUCUGAGAACUGCUCGUUUGGCACAAACCGUGAGGAAAACAUAAGAGACAGAAUAGUGGUGGGGAUCCUUGAUAAGGAUCUUUCCCAGAAACUGCAAAUGCUCCCAAAUCUCACGCUGGAGAUGGCUAUACUGGAGACACGACAGUCAGAAGAUGUCAAAGCCCAAGUCAGCCAACAGGGGGAGCCGGCGUGCACCGUGCAAGAGAUAGCUCAACGUGACGGCAGCGGGGCAAAACCAAGAUGGCAGCGCCCACAGAGGGACCGGCUGAGAGACGGUGACAGUGCAGCUGACCGGGGGAAAUGUGGCCGGUGUGGGAAAACAUCACACAGGCGGGAGGAGGAUUGCCCAGCAAGGAGGUCUACCUGCAACAAGUGUGGAAAAAGGGGCCACUGGGAGAGAGUGUGCAAAAGUAAACUGGUGAGGGAAGUGAUUGAUGAUGGUGACUGUGAAGAGCAGGAAGAUUACUAUCUAGGCUCAGUUAACAGCACAACUGACAACAAUGAUGAAUGGACUGUCACAUUGAACAUUGAGGGCUCACCAGUAGAUUUUAAAAUCGACACUGGGGCUGAUUGUAGCAUCAUAAGUGAAACUAUGUACAAAGCCCUCCAGAAGAAAACCGUCUUACAGAGGCCAAAGAAAAUACUGAGUGGUCCUGGGGGAGGGCUUAACUGUUUGGGGCAGUUUAUAACAAAGACUAGCUACAAAGACAGAUCUUACACAUUCAGACUCUAUGUUGUUCGAGGACAGAGUGUAAACAACCUACUUAGUAGGCCAGCAGCCUUAGCUAUGGGGCUAGUAAAACGAGUAUAUGAGAUUAACAGCGAGCAAGAGUUUGGACUACUGAAAACCCAACCAGUUAAAAUCGUGCUCCAAGACAACGCCCAGCCCUACGCAGUCUGCACAGCACGGCGUGUACCCAUACCCCUCUUGGCUGCAGUGAAAGAGGAGUUAGGUCGCAUGGAGGCCAACGACAUCAUCGAGGCUGUGACUGAACCAACGGAGUGGUGCGCCCCGAUGGUGCCCGUUCCAAAGAAGUCUGGAAAAGCACGCAUCUGUGUCGACCUGAAGAAGCUUAAUAAAGCCGUCAAAAGAGAGCGUUUCAUACUACCAACAUCAGAGGAAAUGAUAACCCAGCUCAGUGGCUCUACUGUCUUCUCUUCACUAGACGCUGCCUCGGGAUUCUGGCAGAUCCCGCUGGACAAGGACAGCCAGAGACUAACUACCUUCAUCACACCAUUCGGAAGGUACUGCUUUAAACGUCUUCCUUUUGGAAUCACCAGUGCGCCGGAGAUAUUCCAAAGAAAAAUGGUGGAGACACUGGAGGGACUGGAGGGCGUGGCUGUAUAUAUGGAUGACAUCAUCUGCCAUGGGAAAGACAUGAGAGAACACGACGAGCGUCUGGAAAAGGUCACUGAGCGCCUGGAGGCUGCCGGUCUAAAACUGAACUCGGAAAAGUGCGUUCUGAGAAAGAGUGAGUUACACUUCCUGGGCCAGGUUAUCAACAGAGAGGGCGUCCGUCCUGACCCUGAGAAGGUGUCGGCUAUUAAUAAACUUGAGCCACCUGUGAACGUCCAAGAGCUCCGGAGGGUUCUCGGCAUGAUAACCUACCUGGGCAAAUACAUCCCAGACCUCUCCACAGUGGGCCAACCUUUGUACGCACUCUUAAAGUCUGAUGCAGCAUGGAUGUGGGGUCCAGCCCAGCAGACAGCUUUUGAGAAAAUCAAAGAGCUCCUCACAACAUCACCUACCUUGGUGUACUACGAUGUCAACAAGGCGACAGCGGUCUCGGCGGACGCGAGCAGUUAUGGGAUAGGAGGCGUCCUGUUACAGCUCCAUGGCGCAGAGUGGAGACCUGUGGCAUACUGCUCAAGACGACUGACCGAGGCUGAGACUCGGUACGCUCAAAUCGAAAAAGAGUGCCUUGCGAGCGUGUGGGCAUGUGAGCGUUUUCAGAUGUACCUCUAUGGCCUAUCGUCUUUCAAACUCAUCACAGAUCACAAACCGCGUGUCCCUCUCAUGAACUCUCGAGACCUCGAUAACGUGCCCCUCCGCUGUCAGAGACUCCUUAUGCGGUUAAUGAGAUUCAACCCAGUGGCGGAGCACAUGCCGGGGAAGACUUUAGUUGUAGCAGACCUCCUUUCUAGGAGCCCACAGACAGAGACAGGACCCGGCCCAACCAGCCCUGCCGACAUUGAGUGCUACGUUGCAGCGGUGAUGAGCAGCAUCCCCGCAUCAACCAGGAGAAUGGACAGCAUCCGGACUGAGACAGCAGCUGACGGGCAGCUCCAACUGGUUAUCAGGUCCUCGCCACACAGCAGUACGGGUGUCAGCCCCGCAGAGCUGCUCAUGGGCAGAAAAAUCAGGACGACACUGCCCACCCUGAACAAGAACUUGCAACCGAAGUGGCCGAAUAGAGAGCAAGUCAGAGCACGGGACACUGUGGAGAAGAGCAAACAGGCAUUCUACUUCAACAGACAUCAUGGGGUGAGACCACUCGCACCACUGCAGCAAGGCGACCAUGUCCUCACCAGACUGGAUAACGACAAGACAUGGGCCACACCGGCUGUAGUGGCUGGUGAGAGUACUACGCAGAGGUCUUAUCUCGUCGAGACUGGGCAGGGGACUCUGUACAGGCGAAACCGUCGCCAUCUGCAAGCGGUGCCCACUGCUGGGGCUCCGGUGAGGGGCAACACAAACUUUGAAACAGAUACACCAGACACUCAGGCAGGCCCGACCUUGGGAUCCCCUGGUCCUGGGGUGAACUCUGAUGGACAGUUCCAGACCCGGUCGGGUAGACGAGUGAAACCUGUCCAGAGACUUGACCUGUGAGGGGACUGUUUAUUUGAA